AUGGCGUCUAGCACCAGGUUUGCUCCCCUCCUCCUCCUCGCGCUCGCCGCCCUGGCCGCGGCGGCGCUCGCCCCCUCGGCGUCGGCGGCGGCGGCCGGGACGGAGUACUGCCGGGACACGCUGGGCGGCCUGCUGGCGUGCCACGCGUUCAUGUACGAGGGCGCGCCGGCGGCCUCGCCCGCGUGCUGCGACGCCUAUAGCGCCGCCUUCAACGCCGACCCCUUCUGCCUCUGCUACAUCGCCAACGGCGUCUACGGCCGCUCCACCGGCUACGACGUCAACGUCACCCACGCCCUCGAGAUCCCCACCAGCUGCGGCCAGGUCCAGCCGCCCAUCCAGCUCUGCGACAUGCAAGGAGUGGUACUUCCUCCCUACGAGCCGGAUCAGUCUGGACCCAUGGCCUCGUCGCCGGCAGCGCAGCCACCUUCAGCAGGAUCGGCAGAGCCACCACGGUCGGCUCCUGCGGCGCCGUCGUGGACUUCCCCGCCACCGCCACCACCACCACCAACAACAACCUCCGGCAGUGAUCAAUCCUCGGCGCAGAUGGCCCUCGUGCUCUUCACCGUUGCUGCCGGCAUGGUCGCCGCCGUGGCAUGA